CAUCCUGAAAAAGAGUACAACUCUCUCUCUCUCUCUGGAGCUGGGGCUGAGCUGAACAGAAGAAUAACUAAUUUUCUUCUGCUGUAUUUUCAAGACUACAACCAAAUCUCUCCCGUUUUCCAAUUAGACUCCAUUCUUCCGAUUGCCACUUGCCCGAAGUUUCAGAGCAGAGUUAAUCUUCGGCCAACUUUCCGGCAAUGCUGAUCUCUCGUCCUCUUUUUCUUCUUUUGGUUCUUCACUCAGCUGUUCUGAUCACUUCUCAGAGAUCCAGUACUAACAACAGUACCAGUCCAUGGCUGACGUUAAAUGGGAAAGCACCUUUAGUCAUAGCUAAGGGUGGCUUCUCAGGGCUUUUUCCAGAUUCUAGUUAUGCUGCAUACAGUUUGGCAAAUAUGACCAGCUUAAGCAAUGUGAUCUUAUGGUGUGAUGUGCAACUGACAAAGGAUGCAGUUGGAAUAUGCUUUCCAGAUCUCAAGCUAGAUAAUUCUUCUGACAUCGCAAAUGUUUUCAAAAAUAGUACUGUCUACCUUGUGAAUGGGCAACUUAUGAAAGGAUACUUCCCUGUGGACUAUACUCUGAAUGACUUAGCAAAUGUUUACUUAACUCAAGGAAUUUACUCUCGAACAGAUAAGUUUGAUGGUAAUCUUUUCAGUAUUCUAAGGGUUGAAGAAUUGGCGAGCCUAAGACCACCAGGUUUAUGGUUGAAUAUUCAGCAUGAUGCAUUCUAUACGCAGCACAACUUGAGUAUGAGAAGCUUUGUACUUUCUGUAUCAAGACGUGUUAUUGUCAAUUACAUUUCAUCACCAGAGGUGGCUUUCCUUAGCAGUAUUGCAGCACGAUUCAGGAGAAGCACAACAAAACUGGUAUUCCGCUUUCUAGGUGCCGAUGAUAUUGAACCUUCAACCAACCAGACGUAUGGCUCACUAUUGCAAAAUCUUACAUUUGUCAAGGCAUUUGCUUCUGGAAUCCUUGUUCCCAAGACUUCCAUAUGGCCUGUAACUUCUAGUCUAUAUCUACAACCUCCCACCUCUGUUGUAUCAAAUGCUCAUAAGGAAGGGCUGGAGGUUUUUGCAUCAGAUUUUACUAACGAUGUACCUCUUAGCUACAACUAUAGCUAUGAUCCAAUAAAGGAGUAUCUUAAUUUCAUUGACAAUGGUGUCUUCUCUGUUGAUGGUGUCUUGUCUGACUUCCCUAUAACUCCAUCAGAGGCCAUAGAUUGCUUUGCUCAUGCAAACAUGAACAGUUCUGGAAAAGCAAAUCCGCUCAUUAUCUCACACAAUGGAGCUAGUGGAGACUACCCUGGAUCUACAGAUCUUGCAUAUAUGGAAGCCCGCGAUGCUGGUGCUGAUGUUAUUGAUUGUUCUGUUCAAAUGACACAGGAUGGAAUCCCCAUAUGUUCAGGCUCUAUAAAUCUUAUAGACACUACGAAUGUUGCUCAAUCAAAAUUCAACACUCGUACCACUAAUAUUCCACAGAUUCAGUCGACGCCUGGAAUUUUUACCUUCAACCUUACUUGGGAAGAGAUUAAAAAAUUAAAACCGGUUAUCUCAAACCCCUUCCUGGAUUAUGGUUUGUUCCGGAAUCCUGUACAUAAAAAUGAUGGACAAUUCUUCUCAUUGGAUGACUUCAUGGCAUUUGCAAAAGGCAAUUCACUUCCUGUCUUGAUCAGCAUAGAGCAUGCAGCCUAUCUUGUGGAGAAUCUAGGUUUCAAUGUAAUAGAUGCAGUCGUUGUUGCUUUAAACAAGUCUGGCUAUAAUAAUGAAAACCAGAAGGUUAUGAUCCAGUCCACCAAUAGCUCUGUUUUAAUGAAAUUCAUGGAGAAAACCAAUUACAAGUUGGUCUACAGUGUUGAUGAAUUUAUCAGUGAUAUUGAUGACUCGGCCAUCAAGGAUAUCAAGCGAUUUGCACAUUCUGUAGCUAUCACCAAGUCAAAUGUAUUUCCUGUAAAUCAGGCCUUCAUUACUGGUAUGACCAAAGUGGUAUCAAAACUGCAGGCAUUCAACCUCACCGCCUAUGUAUAUCUAUUCAGAAAUGAGUUUGUUUCUCAAGCAUGGGACGUCUUCUCAGAUCCAACUGUUGAGAUCAAUACAUUUGUUACAUUAGGUAAAAUAGAUGGAAUCAUCUCUGACUUCCCAGGGACUGCUGCAGCUUACAGAAAGAACCGAUGUUUGGGUAUGGGCAAGAAUAUACCAAUUUACAUGACUCCUGUUCAGCCUGGUAGUCUCAUGCAAGUCAUUACUCCUGACUUUUUACCCCCAGCUGAGGCCCCAAAUCCAGUCCUGGAAGAUUCUAAUGUAGCAGAGCCUCCAUUUCCUUCUGCUAAGACUAAUACAUCAAGUGGGACUGCUGCUGCAUCUCCAACCUCACCAAAGCCAAGUGGACAGCCACGAAGGACCACCUGUGUCUUCCUAUCAUCACUGGGGAUGCUCCUUGCAUCACUUCUGUUUUUUUGAAACCAGGACUACUAACACGUUGUCUUCCAUCUCUUUAACAUCUAUGGGGAAUACACCAACCUGCAUCUCCUCUGCAGAAAACCAGAACAAAAUCCCCUUCUGUAUUUAUUUGAUGGAUCUCUGUAUUCUGUUGUCACAUUUUAGCUUGCAGGUUGUUGAGUGUUUUUAUUGCAUGGCUACACGUGCAUAUCAUUCUGUCUAUCUGAUUUGUUCUCUUAUUUUCUGUGGCGUAGUUGUGUUCAUUCUCCCUCAUCUUUCGACAACAUGAACAACCUGUAUACGUUUGUGACACACGUAAGAAUUGAUUCUUUGUACUGAAUUA